UCUCUCCUUCGCAAGAAGCUUCGCAAGGAGGAGCGCAAACUAAAGAAGCUUCUCAUUGGGGCCGAGGGAGGCAAAGCGAAGCUUUUCUAUUUCUUCGGUUCCUACCGUCGUCGCCAUCGUCGCCGUCCCCGUCCCCCUUCCUCCCGAAACCCUCGUGGACCAAUCGUGAAUCGGCUCCGAGUGAGCUGCCCCGACCCGUGGUCGCCGCGCGGGACGUUUUGAUGCCGCAGAAAUCCGAUCCCGAUCUCGCCGUAAUUGUCGUCGGAAGAUGAACGGGACCAGUGCCGAGGACGGCGUGCGGCAGGCGCCGUCCAUGCAUCCACCGCCGCAGCUCGAAUGGAAGUUCUCGCAGGUGUUUGGGGAGCGCAUGGCCGGGGAGGAGGUCCAGGAAGGUGCUUUAUAGGAGACAUUAAUCAGCUUGGAGGAUCCACAUCAGUCGACAUUAUCUCAGCAAUAGAAUUUGAUAAAUCUGGUGAUCAUCUUGCCACUGGAGAUCGAGGAGGGCGUGUGGUUCUAUUCGAGAGGAUAGAUGCUAGAAAUCAUGGCUCUCGCAAGGAUCAAGAGAGGCAAGAUAGUUCACUUAGCAGGCAUCCAGAGUUUCGUUACAAGACAGAAUUUCAGAGCCAUGAACCAGAGUUUGACUAUCUUAAAAGCUUGGAAAUAGAGGAGAAGAUCAACAAGAUCAGAUGGUGCCAAACAGCCAAUGGUUCUCUUUUCGUUCUUUCUACCAAUGAUAAAACAAUUAAAUACUGGAAGGUGCAAGAAAAGAAGGUCAAAAGAAUCUCUGAGAUGAAUAUAGAUGCUUCACAUGCUGCAGGAAAUUGUAGCAGUGCUAGCUCAAGUAGUCUUGGACCGUGUCUUCCCAAUGGAUGUUCUGGAAGGACUUUGAACUAUUUGAGCAAUGACUUGUGCAUUCCUCCAGGAGGGUUUCCAUCCCUCCGUCUGCCUGUGGUAACAAGCCAAGAGACAAGUCUUGUUUCAAGGUGUCAGAGGAUAUAUGCUCAUGCUCACGACUAUCACAUAAACUCUAUUUCAAAUAACAGUGAUGGUGAGACAUUUAUAUCGGCAGAUGAUCUGCGAAUAAAUUUAUGGAAUUUGGAAAUUAGCAACCAGAGUUUUAACAUUGUUGAUGUGAAGCCUGCAAAUAUGGAAGAUCUGACUGAGGUUAUAACGUCUGCUGAGUUCCAUCCAACACAUUGUAAUAUGCUAGCUUAUAGUAGUUCAAAGGGCUCAAUCCGGCUUAUAGACUUGCGCCAAUCAGCAUUAUGUGAUAGCUAUUCUAAGUUGUUUGAGGAGCAUGAGGCUUCUGGUUCAAGGUCCUUUUUCACGGAGAUUAUUGCCUCAAUUGCAGAUAUUAAAUUUGGAAAGGAUGGAAGACACAUCCUUAGUCGUGAUUACAUGACUCUUAAGCUAUGGGAUAUAAACAUGGAUUCAGGUCCUGUUGCAACAUUUCAGGUCCAUGAACACUUAAGGCCUAAGCUAUGUGAUUUAUAUGAGAACGAUUCAAUCUUUGACAAAUUUGAGUGCUGUCUUAGUGGGGAUGGGUUGCGUGUGGCAACUGGUUCAUACAGUAAUCUUUUUCGUGUUUUUGGCUGCCUUCCUGGAAGCAAGGAGACAACAACUUUAGAAGCCAGUAAAAAUCCAAUGAGGCAACAAGUGCAAAACCCUACAAGGCCUUCCAGGUGUUUAAGCAGCCUAACACGUGCUGUCAGACGAGGAGCUGAAAACCAGGGUGUUGAUGCCAAUGGAAAUUCACUCGAUUUCACAAUCAAACUACUACAUUUAGCCUGGCACCCAACCGAAAACUCAAUUGCAUGUGCUGCUGCAAACAGCUUGUACAUGUACUAUGCAUAGAGAUGAUCCGUGGAGGAUAUAUCUCAAUAGGCAAUUCUUUCAUUUAGGGUUGCUUCUUGUGAAGGCUGUGGGCUUUUCAGAUGCAACCGACAAGGCGCAGGAGGUCUGGCUAGGGGAGAUCUUGUCCGAUCUUUUAAUUCUGGGAAAAGAUCAAACAUCCAUGUUAAUCAUGACCGGUAUUGAGAUCUCAACUGAUUGUAGCUCUACUACGACUAACUCCGAAGGUUAUUUCGACAGGUCAUCUUAGUCUCCAGAGGCCCUACUGAUCUUUAUCUAGCCUUGCGGUGUAAAGGCAUGUUGCUUUGUCUCAAUGAACCUGCAUUUCAAGACUCGUGGAAGUUCUUAAGAUGUUAUGGUUCACAUCCCCUGUCUUGACAAUUUUAUUUUACAUGGAAUACCCCAAGAACUGUGGGUUCUUCUUAAUCAGUGGUUUGGAAGUAUGUGAGUCGUAGUAACAGUAGCUUGUUAUUGUUUGUCCAUUUCAGCUAUUGCUGCUUCAGCACUUUCCAUGAUAUGAUUUGUCCAUUUCAGCUAUGUAUAUUUUAAUUAUAUUAUUAUUUGAUACGAAAUGAUGAUUCGAGUUCA